UCAGUCACCAGUUCAGUUUCUACCUGAGGAGAAUCAAUCACCGAUCUGCAGACUGCAGCCAUGGCCAUGAGGGCAAUCACGCUGUCCCACUCGCAGAGCGCCUCGUUUGGGCACCACCACCACCAAACCAUGCCGUCCUCCUUCAGGCCAAGCACUGCCUCCACCAGAUCAGUGAAGGUCUACGCAAAGGAAGAUGAGGAGAAGGGCAGCAAGCAGUCAUUGUUCGGGAGCAUCACCGAGGCGCUGGACUUCUCGCAGGUCCGGUCGGAGAAGGACGCGGAGCUUCUGUAUGAAGCCAGAGAGGCCACAAAGGAUGGAGGAAGGAUGACAAAGGAGCAGUAUGGAGCACUUCGGAGGAAGAUCGGUGGCACCUACAAGGAUUUCUUCAAGUCAUAUGUGGAUGUUGACGGGGAAUACGUAGAGGAAGGUUGGGUGGAUAAGACCUGCAAAGUUUGCAAGAAGGACACUAGAGGGGAACCCAGGCAGGUCGACAAGCUAGGAAGAUAUGCACAUGUCGCAUGCUUGGAGAACCCAAAACCGACCAACAUCUUCGCCAAAUUGUUCGCCAGAUGAACUUCAAUUGUACAAUCAAAGACAUAUUUUUACUCAUGCUUAGAUACAUAGAUGGUGUUGUAGCCCCAAGAAUUUGAACAAUAUUAUGUGUUCAGUUUUGCCAUAUAAAAUGGUAUACAGGGAGCAUGUCACACAUUUUCCUUCUUCAA